AUACAUAACAAAAUAGUGUCAAAACCCCACUAGCACAAUCUCCAAUACAUCCAGCCACAGCCAGGCCAUAGACAGACUUAAUAUAACAAUACGUGAAUUUCUUAAAUCUCUGAUGAAAGGAUUUUCAACUUUUGAUAACUGCCACGAGAUUGUUGUGUCUCUCUUCCCCUUUUAAGCUUUUUCAGGUUUACAAAAACAAACUUCCUUUUCCCUUUUUUCAUUUUCCAUCUGCCACAUUAUUUUGUCCUUUUCUUUCCAUUUUUUUCUGGUAAAAAGCAUAACUGAGAUACCCCUUUAAACCACAUCUACUAACUAUCCCACAUUUCAAUUUUUCCAAAAAAAAAAUUGAGUCUUUCUGAAGAAAUAUCAUUUUGUAUGUUAUCUUGAAGAUGAAACUACUCAUCUUGCUUAUACCCAUUUGGGUUUUUGUUACUCCUUUGUUGUCCGCUCCAGUGGAUGUAACUCCACAGCCUCCAAGUGCCGAUCCAGUUCUUCCUACUGAGAAAGGACCCAUUUUUCAAAUUUCUUCUGAUAAGGACGCCCCUUCUCCUGGAGUUGCAGAGUUCAAAGUGGUUCACCACCAGGAUCUAAAUAAGAAGAUUUUGAUUUCACUUAUUGUUGCUUCAACUCUCCUUGCUGGAAUUCUGCUGUUUAUAUCUUGCUUUUGGAUAUACAGACUGAAAACACGGAAGAAGUCCGUUGAACAAGGACAUCAGAAAGGAGAGCCUGUGAAGGGCCUUUCAUGGGGUCCUAUAAUGGCCAAGUUCCCUUCUUUAAAAACUGUCGGUAAGAAAGGACUAGUUGCUGUGAUCGAGUACCAGUCGUUAGUAGCUGCAACUGAUAAUUUCAAUGAGAAGAAUGCUAUAGGAGAAGGUAGAUCAGGAUGUGUUUAUAAAGCUCAAUUCAGUGACGACGUCCAAGCAGCUGUUAAAAGAACUCAUGGUGGGGAUCAGGAUGCUGAGAAAGAAUUUGAGAAUGAGGUGGACAUGUUGAGUAAAUUUCAGCACCAAAAUAUUAUUUCGCUUCUUGGGUACUGCAUUCAUAGCAAUGCACAAUUCCUGGUGUAUGAGAUGAUGCAGAAUGGAUCUUUGGAAUUCCAAUUGCAUGGACCUCCUCGUGGAUCAGCUUUGACUUGGCAUCUUCGCAUGAAAAUUGCAUUGGAUGUGGCUAGGGGACUAGAAUACCUCCAUGAACGCUGUAACCCCCCUGUAAUCCAUAGAGAUCUCAAGUCAUCUAAUGUUCUACUGGAUUCCAACUUCAAUGCAAAGCUUUCUGAUUUUGGCCUUGCUAUAGCUGGAUGGAACUUGAGCAAGAGCAAUAUAAAGCUUUCAGGAACUCUGGGUUAUGUGGCUCCAGAGUACCUUUUAGAUGGGAAAUUAACUGAUAAGAGUGACGUCUAUGCUUUCGGCAUUAUACUUCUGGAGCUUUUGCUUGGGAGAAGACCAGUGGAGAAACUAGAGGGAGCUCAAUGCCAAUCUAUAGUCACAUGGGCGAUGCCACAGCUAACUGACAGGUCAAAGCUCCCUAAUAUUGUUGAUUCUGUCAUUAGAGAGGGAAUGGACCUGAAGCACUUGUAUCAAGUUGCUGCUGUAGCCGUGCUAUGUGUACAACCAGAACCAAGUUACCGACCACUGAUAACAGAUGUCCUGCACUCCUUCAUUCCCCUUGUACCAAUUGACCUUGGUGGCUCCCUGAGAAUUGCGGAUUCUGCACUAUCUAUUAGCACCUAACAAUAUGAGCUGCUUCGUUCAAAGUUUACUAUAGACACUGAAGCUGGUAAUUGAAUGAGCAACUUGACCUUUCCUCUUGCUUUUUUGCAUCUUUGGUUUGUUAUUUGUUGAUUGCAAUUUUUGCUAUGAAUUUAGCUUUAGGACCACUCACCAAAAGAAAACUUAUGCUGUGUGUAUAUAAUUGUAAAUUUGAGGUAGCAAAAGCUCUGAUUUUAUUUCAAGAUUCCUCAAGUUUUUAGCCUUUUUAUGGUAGUUUUAUGUAUUAGAGGAAUUAAUAUGCUUCUACUGUAAAGAAUGGCUUACAAAAUAUUCCAGUA